CUAAGAGCUAUGUUUUGGGACAAGCUAAUCUGCCAGAGCGCUGUGUAAGGAGCAGAGCACAUUGUGUGUGCGAGUGUGCGAGUGAAAGAUAAGGGAGCAAUCCUUACAAGCACGACUGCUUGUUUUUAAUGUGCUGACUCUGGGGAGAUAACAUACUGACACUCUUUCUUUCUCUCUCUCUCUCUCCCUGUGUCUCUCUUUCUAGUCGUGUGUUGAGAGACCCCGGGCAGAAAGUCCUGUGCUGAGAGAGACAAACAACGACAGCGACGGCAGAGGGAAAAUAAAUAAAUAAGGAAUUCGAUUUUUUUUUUUUUUGUGCGUUUUUUUUUUUUUUAGAAUUUUUUUUUUCUUUUUCUUGGAUUGUCCUCCCCUUUCCAAAAGAAAGAAAAAGGAAAGCCACCAUUCGCAGCAAAGAUGUUUGAGAUCAGCCGCACGUUGAACGCUGCUUUGUUAAGCAAUGAGGGCUCGACAGAGACACAGUGGCGUCAGGGGGAACUCCCACAGCUGCAGGGCUGGGCAGAGAAAGGGAUGCUGACACAGCCAAAGAUGAUAAUCAGCAACAUGGAGCCUCAGGUGACGAAUGGGCCGACCGGCACCACGGCCAACGGGCCCUCCAGUAACAGUCGGAGCUGCUCCUCCCCCAUGCAGACGGGCGGUCUCACCGACGACAGCAAGACCAACCUCAUCGUCAACUACCUGCCCCAGAACAUGACGCAGGAGGAGUUCCGCAGCCUGUUCGGCAGCAUUGGCGAGAUCGAGUCUUGCAAGCUGGUCCGGGACAAGAUUACAGGGCAGAGUUUGGGCUAUGGCUUUGUGAACUACAUCGAUCCAAAGGAUGCAGAGAAAGCCAUUAACACAUUAAACGGACUUAGACUUCAAACUAAAACUAUUAAGGUGUCCUACGCCCGGCCCAGCUCAGCCUCUAUCCGUGAUGCUAACCUGUACGUCAGCGGCCUUCCCAAAACCAUGAGUCAGAAGGAGCUGGAGCAGCUGUUCUCCCAGUACGGACGCAUCAUCACAUCACGCAUCCUGGUGGACCAGGUCACAGGCCCCUCAGGUGCCUCCCGGGGCGUGGGGUUUAUCCGCUUUGAUAAGAGGAUAGAGGCAGAGGAGGCCAUCAAGGGGCUGAAUGGACAGAAACCCUCGGGCACCGCCGAACCAAUCACUGUCAAGUUCGCCAACAACCCCAGCCAGAAAACCAGCCAGGCCCUCCUCUCCCAGCUCUACCAGUCCCCAAACCGACGGUACCCUGGCCCCCUGCACCAUCAGGCCCAGAGAUUCAGGCUGGACAAUUUGCUUAAUAUGGCCUAUGGCGUAAAGAGGUUCUCUCCCAUCACCAUCGACAGCAUGACCAGCCUGGUGGGCAUGAACAUCCCCGGGCACACCGGGACUGGCUGGUGCAUCUUCGUCUACAACCUGUCUCCAGACUCGGACGAGAGUGUGCUGUGGCAGCUCUUUGGGCCCUUUGGAGCGGUCAACAACGUCAAGGUCAUCCGCGACUUCAACACCAACAAGUGCAAAGGCUUCGGCUUCGUUACCAUGACGAACUACGACGAGGCGGCCAUGGCCAUCGCCAGCCUGAACGGCUACCGUCUGGGUGACCGAGUCCUCCAAGUCUCUUUCAAAACCAGCAAGACCCACAAAUCCUGAACCCCACAACACAGCAACUCCACACAGGAAAAACAAAAGAACUGGGAAUGGCUUAUAAUAUAACUUUGGAUUUAUAAGCCAAUGUUGCCUAAGUAUUAAAAGAAAAAUUAUAAUUUGGAAGGAUUUAUUUUUUUUUUUUUAAUGUACACAGUAGCAAAACCGGUCCCCCUAAUUCAAAGACAGGAAUGUCUUUUCUUAAGAUUUGCGUUUUGUUCUAGACUUUGUGGGUAUUCUUCCUACCUGGGUUGGCUGUCUUCUGAUAACCAACUUUCUUGAAAGAGGGAGGGGAAGGGGGGGGUCUUUUUAAAAAAAUUGACCGUUCAUUUAAUUUAUUGUUGUUCUUUGUUUGUUUUUUUAAGGGUGGUAGAAAUUGGUAAACUAUCCCAUUUUAAAGUUGAAGGGAUGACACAACAAAUGUUUCCUUUGUUUAAAAAAAAAAAGCAGGAAAAAAAACGUUCAUUUUUCUUUUGUGUUGCGAAAAAAAAACACAUGUCUUUCCUCACUUGGGGUGGGGAAAGGGAGAGGGGUGGGGUUCAGUUUCCUGAUCUGAUGACGUACAGAACGAUUUUAAAAACACUGUUGCCAAAGAGAAGAUCUCUUUGCUUGAAAAUGGGUUUCGAAAAAAAAAAAAAAAAAAAAUUUUUAUAAAUAAAAAAUAAUAAUUAUUGAAAAAUUUUUACAAGAAUCUGGAUUUGAAAAAAAAUAAAAUACUAUUUUGACUGGCUAAUGUAGGGGGAAAGAAAUUGCCAGCUUGUCUUGUGCAUUCUGCAAUGGUACUUUUUAACAUCAAGGUCGUGCGUUUUUGGAAAAAUCGGAUUGCCGAUUUUGUUUUGUAGACGGAAGGUUUUAUCAAGUGCAAAUAAAAAAUGCGGGCAGGUGAUCUUCAUAACUUUUCAUAGAAUGUAAUUAUAAAAAAAAAAAAAUAUAUAUAUAUAUAUAUAUAGAUAUAGAUAUAUAGAUAUAAAAAGGGAAAAUGAGAAGGGUUUUCCUAGCCCAAGCAGUUCCCCAAUCCAGAACCCUAAAGCAAGGAGAUGCAUUGUCAACGGAUUUUCUUUGUCAUCAGUAUAUGGGAUAUCAGUAAUAAAUAUGUUAAUUAAGAACUUUUUUUCUUGUUUCAAUUCCUUAAUAUAAAAAAAAAUAAUAAUAGUAAUAAAACCUUCCUUUUAGUUUUCAGCGGUAGGUGCUAUAUUAUAUAACAUGAUUUACAUAUCUUAAAUAUUCAAGUUCGUUGUUCUAUGUGUUGUUUAGAGGUACUUCGAUGUUCACAUUGAAUUGAGCUGCUGUUGUUUUCAUUUUUAUUAUUCGACUUGUAGCCCCCUGGCCUUUUCUUUUCUCAAAGUACUGCAAAAGUUGAAAGGCAGAAUAAAAGGGGCAUGUUAGUGUCACUUUAACGAGUUUUCUUUGGCGUGCUGACUUUAAGUUUAAGCGUUGAUUGUGAUGCGUUUGGUCAGAAGCAAAUAAUUAGCUAGUUUUGUUAGUCUAGUAUUUGUUUACUCAAAAAGGAGCUUCUAGAAAAGAUGCAGCUGUGUCUUUAUUUGUUGUGUACGAAUAAAUAUAUAUAGUCUCAUUUUUUAAUAUAUAUAUAUAUAUAUAUUUAAAAUAAGUCACUGGUUUUAUGUUUUAGCUUGUCUUUUCAUAUGAAAACUUUAAAAGUGAUUAUUAAGUUAGAACACUCGUGAGCAAAUCUCGUUUAAUAUGUUGUCACGUCGCUUGUGAAUAUGUUUGGGGUUUAUAUUUCCUACCGCCGCGGAAGAACCCGAAUAAAGCUAUUGAUUUAUAGAUUGAUUGAUUUAUUUUAUUUAUUUUUUCUGUUGUCUGUGUUUAGCGUGAUUCUGGUAUGGGAGGGGGGGAUGUUUACGAGCUAAAGGGAACAAAUCGACUGGAGGGGGAGGUCUCCCUUUAGUCCAGUGCACUGAAAACUUUUAGUACGUUUGUGCUUUGUACCAAUAUAACAAAAUAAACAUUUAAAACAACAAAAAAAUAAAAGGUGGAGAGGGUUGGUGGCACUCUUCCCUGGUUACUAGAAGAUGUUACUCGCUAUGCAUAACCUAGUUGAUAGUUGAAUUUGCUAUUGCUUUUUUGUCUUGUUGAAAUCUUUAAAUCUUUUUCAAUAAAGUUUAGUCUUACUAGAAUGUUAACAGUUGUUCUGGUUCAGUAUAACCUGUGCUGAGUUUGUGUAUUUUAAAGCCAAUCCUCUCUUCCUCUUCCCCUUCACACCACACUUAAGCUCACAAAACAUCUUGAAGAGAAGGAAACUCAUUUGGUUACAUACCAGUUUUCAUCCUUUUUCGAUGUAGCGGACAGACAAGUUUUCAAAGUUGUUUAAAAGUGCUGUUAAUGGUGUUGCAGUCCAGUUUAAAUUACAUUUAAAAAAUCAGUGUGUGUAUUAAAGCACAUAAAACAAAUCAGGAUAACAAUACACUGGAACGGAACCUCUUUUUUAUAUUUAAACAAUGGAUAUACUUGUCAGUAAGUAGAAAUUGGGAUUCGGAAAUGUGAGUUUAGGAUUUGUAUUUUGAGCCCUUUAUCCCAGGUGAAUAUUGAAAUGUUGGAUAUUAUUUUGUUUAAUAGUCACCAGACCAGGAGCUCCUAGGAAGCUGUUGUGGCUCCUGCAGCAAAUGGAACAAUCUGAACCCCACUGUUCGUCCCCUGUAACAAACUGUAACCCAUCUUAUCUAACGCUGUUUGGGCACUCUUAAUAGACACAGAGCUGCUUGUGUCAAGCCUCUUCAGUGAAAGUGCAUACCUCAUAGUGGAUAGACCAGUGUAUCCAUUCUAUCCAUGCGCCUCUGUGUGUAGAUCACUAAUAAAUGCUUUGAAAUAUUUGGGACUGCAUCACGUAUUAGUAAUGCUUUUAAAAUGCUACAGUAUAUUAAUAUUACAGUGUGGUUCAGGGUUACCCACCUGCAGAAUCUGAAUCGCUAGUGUUUAUGUGUGUGUGUCAGAGGGGUUGGGGGAGGGCGGCUCUUGUCAUUUUCAUUUUCUUCUGAAAUGUGUUUGUUUAAUAUCUGAGGAACUAGAAAAUCUUUCACUGGACCAGACAGGUCUGUCCGACUUGAGUUAAUUAUUAACCGACUUAUUAUUAAUCUAAUUACUGCGAUGAAUGACUUCAUGUUAUCCUUGCUAGUUUAGAUCAUUUCUGAAACUGGAAACAAAAAAAAAAAAAAAAAAAAAAAAAAAAAAAAAAAACCUUGCUGUAAAUGUUUUUUCAUAAAACUGUUGUGUUUGAAUUAUUUGUACUUUUGAAUGUCGGGACAAUAAAAUGAAGUGUUGAGA